CGAAGGAGGCGUGGCGGCUACACUGACCUUACUAGGGAACAGUGAAGCCUUUGAGAGUGUGGGAUCGUGGUUGUGAGCUCUCGUGAGAUUUCCAGGCUCACGUCCUUGUCGUCGAAAGCGGGCAGGAGUGGUCGGCUACGGGGGCCCCGAGGUUUUGACCGAGGGCCCCUGUUGUCCUGUGUCUCCUACCGGGCCCUGUACUUCCAAUCCCGUUUCUGUUCCCCUCCCUCGUAACCCCCGAAAUGGGGUUCCUGAAACUGAUCGAGAUCGAGAAUUUCAAAUCUUACAAGGGGCGGCAAAUCAUCGGGCCUUUCCGGCGCUUCACGGCCAUCAUCGGGCCCAAUGGAUCCGGCAAAUCAAACCUCAUGGAUGCCAUCAGCUUUGUGCUUGGUGAGAAGACCAGCAAUUUGAGAGUAAAGACCUUGCGAGAUCUGAUCCAUGGGGCCCCGGUAGGGAAGCCAGCUGCCAACUGGGCAUUUGUCAGCAUGGUUUACUCUGAAGAUGGUGCUGAAGAUGGUGCUGAAGAACAACAAACACAAAAGACUUGCCUGGAAGGCGCAGCCCCUUGAUUAGAUUAAAAGCAGCCAAAAGCUUAAACAGCCCCGCCCCUCGCUCAGGAAGGAAGGAAGCCUGAGAGAAUACUAAAGAGUUAAGCCCCAGCUGAUAGCCAUCAGCCUCAAGUAACACAUCAUUGGCUGGCAGCAGUAGCUGGGAGGAACCAGCCACACAUAUAAAGUCAGAGCACCCUAGCGAGGGAGCCUGCUCCACGAGCUAGAGGGAGCCCCAGCUGAUGAAGCGUCAAGGCCCCAGCUGACAAAGCAUCAA